UUUGGAAUCCAACGGCUAGUUUCUAGGGCUCGGCGAUGGAGAAACGCGAGAACGAGGUAGAGCAGCAGCAGCGGCACACAGUCAAGAAGCUGAGCGGGAGAGCUGCGCGAGUUCUUCAGCCUCCGAAUCGCGCAACGCCAUCGUCGGCACGCCGUGUGGUGAUCUGUCCCUCUUCCUCCGGGAAAACAAUGGCCAAAGAAGACGUGCUCCUUCUUCACACGCCUCGCAAAGGAGCUGCUGGCGAGUGUUUCCUCGCGACUCCAACUCCAGCUAAAGAUUUCUCUCGGCAAGGAAAGGAGUCUCGCGAUUUCUCCUCGCCGAUCGGGCCUUCACCGAUGAAUCUGUUUCAAGAGCAGCAUGACUUGUGUGGGAUUUGGCGAUCGUCUGCCAAGCGCGUGCCUCUCUCAGCUAGCGGCCUUGGAAAACCCCGUAGAAUUCUCCUCCAAGACGAGCAUCAUAACGAAGAGAAUCAUCACACUAACACACAGAUGAAGAAGAAACCCAUGACACCGACACCAAGACGAUGCGACUGGGAUAAAAAAUCCUUUUCUGCAUCCGGCGUUGCUGCAGCUCGUAAAGAAAUUGAGACCGGAGCCUUACCUCUGCGAAGAACCUUGGAUUUACAGGACUAGACAUCCAGGUAAAAUCCUUGUUCAGUAGCUCAGCUUUGUUCCACUGGGUGCAGCCACAAAGUCCCUACGUUAGAUCCACAUGGAGUAAGUUUGCAGCAAUCCCUCUCAAAGUCAGCAUCUUCCAAUCACAAACGAAAUCCACUAUGCUCGUCAAGCCAUUCCGGAAUGAUAACCGGUCAUCAGGCAGCAAGUCUCGUACUCUCUCUGUGCUGCAACUGCUUCCCAAGGCAAAGCUUCGGUGCUCGCCAUGAACAGGCAAACGAAAGCAACCGAGAGCUCCAGCCUUGCGAAACAUCCGGGCGGACGUGAGCCGCAGCUCCAAGAUCGUAGAGGUAGAAGUAGCUCCCGGUGCAUUGCUACUGAUUGGCACUGUGAAAGAUACCAUCUGUAAGUAAACAAACUUGUUAAAAAGUUUGUUUACUGGGUUUUCAGCGCUGGAUGUUCUCGUUGGAAACGCUCUGGAUAAGUGUGGGAGCAUGGCUGGUGCCCGAGGAGUUUUCGACAGGAUGCCUUGUCUCGUGGAACACGCUACUGGUGGGAUACGUAGACAAUGGAGAAGCCGAGCUAGCGCUAGAAAGCUUCGCGAGCGCUACUACAGCGGAUGCCUUUAAGUUUGUCACUGGUUUGAAGGCCUGCAUUGGAUUAGCAGCGAAAGAAGAAGCCACAAGUUUUGAAGGGAAGAUGGUGCAAGUGGAUUCUCUGGGGAUGGUGAUUCACAUCCAGGCCGCGGAGAAAGGAUACGAGAGGGACGAGUUUUUGUCGAACACUCUCGUGGAGAUGUAUGCCAAGUGUGUCAGCAUGGUGGAGGCUGAGAGAGUUUUCAGGAGCAUGCCUUGCCACAGCCCGGUGCUCAUGCUGGGAUACGUGGAUAACUCGCAAGCAGAGGUAGCUUUGGAUUUGUUUUCUCAGAUA